CACAGGUCUCACAGAAGCAGAGAGAGAGACAGCAGAGAGGAGAGGAGGAGACCAUUUUGCUGUUGGCUCUUUUAAAAAAUAAAAAGUGAGAGUGAAACUUUAUCAUUGACGGCAUACACUUGAGGUUCAUUGACAAGGACGGCUCUUUGUGUUUUGGAAGCUUGAGGAACUUUUUGUUGGAGGGGCCAUUUCACACAGAGUAAAUUUGAACUUUUGAGAUUUUCACUGAGUUCAUUAACACUGCGGUGAAAGAGACCUACAGAGUUAAUACUCACUCAGCGAGUGAGUGACUAACAGACGAACAAACGAACGAAAGAGAUAUAAUUAGCGGCCCUGACCAGACGGCAGAAUGUGCUGCACGGGUAAGUGUGCCCGGCUGAUCGGCCUGAUUCUGCUGCCAUCCGCCUUCAUCUGCAUGAUCGCCAACCUGCUGCUGUUCUUCCCCAACGGUGAGAGUCUGGACAACGGACACAUUUCACUGCAGGUGUGGCUCAUGGGUGGCCUCAUCGGAGGAGGGCUUUUUAUGCUGUGUCCCAGCUGUUCAGCAAUCAGGGCUGGUGGGAAGGGCUGCUGUGGGGCAGGUUGCUGUGGAAACCGUUGUCGGAUGUUGAACUCUGUCUUCUCCUCUGCGUUUGGUAUGAUUGGCGCCAUCUACUGCACCAGCGUGUCCUCUGCAGGCCUGGCCAUUGGACCCAAGUGUGACACGGGAAGUGGAGAGUGGGGUUAUCCAUUCGAAAACCUCCCCGGUGAGAAUCAAGGCUACCUAUUCAACGAGACGUUGUGGACGUUGUGUGAUAAACCGCUCAACAUCGUGGAGUGGCACAUUACGCUCUUCUCCAUCCUGCUGUGCAUGGGCCUGCUGCAGAUGGUGCUCUGCUGCAUCCAGGUUGUCAACGGCUGCAUCGGCUGUUUCUGUGGAGACUGUCGCAGCAAAGAUGAUGAUGACAACAGCGGCCUGUGAGGAGCUGUGCUGUUUUCACACAUGACACACAGAAACAGUUUCAUCUUCAGCACUGCAACAAUGAUCACACACACACACACACACACACACACACACACACACAUACACUUACAUUAAACACAGACAUGUGAGUUUACACACACACACACACACACACACACACUUACAUUAAACACAGACAUGUGAGUACACACACACAAAUAGACACAUGCAUGCACACAUGUGUAUGUUUAGUAAAUAAUUGAUGGAGUAUGGGGCCACCAACUCUUUAGAACCAUCAUUAAUUAAGAAAAUGUAGUGACUCAGUUUCCAAAAAAUGAGGGUUGAUUAGAAGUACAGUGUAUGAUAGACUUGGCCUAAUUUAUUCUUAAGCUAAACAACACAGGUUCAGAGGUGAUGUGUGAGCCUAGUGAGUAAUGAAAAAAAACAAUGCUUCCUCAUUCCUGAUACUAUGCAUCUCUUCCCUUUUGAAACAUUACUUUAGAGUUGACAAUUAAUUGUUGAGGCAUUUUAUUUGUCCGAGUUUUUUCUUUAUUAUUAGGUGUCUUCAAUAAACAUUUUUAUACAAACCAAA